AUGAAUCUUCUGCGCGAUCUUACCUCUCACGCCUCUUCCCAAGGCGUCAAGCUCAGGUCGUUUGUACGCAAAUGGACGCUACCGGAAUCUGUGAAUCUUGAUGCUGUUCGUACCCAACUUAACGACUCUGGACACCUAUCAAUCGAGGCACCGAAGGUGAUAGAAGCAAGUUCUCAGCGUCGUGCGAUUCCUAUUGAGCGAGCCCCUUCCCAUGACUGA